GGAAAGCCCACCCUCCAUGUGGACUUUCUUUCCCUUUGUUUAUCUUGCUUCCCCUACAAAAUUCUUGAUGACAAAGUAAUGCCAAAAAAGCUUUGGUCUAAUAAUACAUAAGAAGGUGCGUCCUCCAUAUUACGACGCAAUGUGCAAGGGUCCUCAUCGCUGGCCCGUCACUGCUGACCCCAUCUCAGUCGUUUUUUUUUUUUUUCUUGCCUCUUUAAAAACUCCAUUAGUUCUCUGCCUCUCGCUCUAUAUAUUUUGUCUAGUGCUAAUACACGAUCCAUUCCUUCCUUCAUUGCCUCUCUGAGCUCCUCCUUGUCAGGAACUUUUGGUCUUGGCAUUGGAGGAAGCAUCCCAACUUACGAGAACAUAAUGGAAUUGCCCUUUGCCUGCAUCAUCAGCUUGGCUCUCCUGCUGUCGAUUUCUCCAUCAUCGCAUGCUCAAAUUGCCAACGCUCCUACCCUCAGCCCAACGCCUGCCCCAGCACCAGCCCCAGAUUUUGUGAACCUCACGGACCUGCUCUCCGUGGCCGGUCCCUUCCAGACCUUCCUCAGCUACCUCGAAUCCACCAAAGUCAUCGACACCUUCCAGAAUCAAGCCAACAAUACUGAGGAAGGCAUUACGUUAUUCGUUCCUAAGGACGGCGCCUUUGCAUCUCAAAAGAAGCCGUCCUUGUCCAACCUCACCAACGACCAGCUCAAGUCACUCUGCCUCUUCCAUGCCCUGCCUCAUUAUUACACUCUUGCCGAUUUCAAGAACCUCAGCAAUGUGAGCCCGGUUAGCACAUUCGCGGGUGGAGAAUACAGUGUCAACUUUACCGAUGUCACUGGAACAGUGCGUCUCAGCUCUGGUUGGACUAAUACAAAAGUUAGCAGCAGUGUGCAUUCUACCGACCCUGUUGCAGUUUACCAAAUUGAUAAGGUUCUCCUUCCCGAAGCAAUAUUCGGAACUGACAUUCCUCCGACUCCGGCGCCUGCACCAGCUCCAGAUAUUAGCCCAGCUGCAGAUUCUCCGACUGGAGGAUCGGAAGCUGGAUCUUCGACAGCUUCGAAGCCGAGUUCUUCUCCUAAGUUGAGCAACAGCUGGGGUCAUUUGGUCUUGGCUGUUUCGAGUGGUCUGCUGGUGGUGCUACUGUGAGAGAACAUUUUCAUGUCGGGAUGAUUAAAUCACUUUAUGUCCAAAGGCCUUUUCGGAUUGUUUAAUUUAUUUUCAUUUGAAAUACCAUUUUUUCGACACAUAUGUUGUUCACAUUGUGCAUGAGAUGUGAUUUACCCAGUCUUGUAAUACUAAAAAAAAAGAUAUACAUUUCAUACUGUUGCAGAUGAAUAUGUCCAUUCAAAUUUGA